AUGGUGCUGGAGAACCUCCCACGCCCUGUUAAUACCGGAAUCGCCCCAGUUACACAAUCCAAGACUUCGCGGCCCACAGUGGUUCGGAAGAAGUUUGCCAAACCGCCAGUCAAAGUAGCUUGUCUGACAUGUCGUGCAUCGAGGACGCGCUGCGAUGGUCAAGAACCAUGCUCCAACUGUCUUAACAAGAAGAAGAAAUGCUCGUACCUGCCUAGUAGGAGAGGCGGUCCAAGGAAGAAGAAAAAGAGCUCAUCUCCUUCGGAUCCGAGAACCCGGCAGGAUGAUUUCCAAAACUCUACCAUCACGCCAGCAUCUGACUUUGACGACUCCUCGGCGAUGUUUGGGCAGAUUGAUGUACUCUCCUUGCCAGGAGCUGGGCUGAGAGCGUUAGAUUACUCAUCGGAUAUGAAUACCAUGUUUGCUGAUCUCUUCCCUUCGAACAAUGGCAGCAACACCCAGGGUCAGAUGGAGCCGACACGUUCGCCAUCAAACAUACCAUCCCAGCCUAUGGUCAGGACAUAUGGCAGCGAACAGGAUAUAUUGAAUGCAUACUACGACUUCAUUCACCAUUAUUUUCCCAUACUUCCACCACGAGUCGCUCCGCGCUAUCCAGAUAGGCCAAUCAAUUCCGCUGGUCACUAUUCGUCUCUUGCAAUUUCCGCUAUAUUGGCCCUGGUGCCCCAUCCCGACGAUCCUGAGCCGUUGUCUCCGGUUGCUGUGAUACGACGUAGAACUUAUGCUCAUACCUUUGCGCAACUAGCUAAUGCUGGCGUUGAGGAAGAUUGCGAAUUACAAGCUUCUUCGACGGAUCCGUCCCAAGCACUAGCGAACAAUCGACCCAGGAUCAACCGGGAGCCCUUGCAUCCACGGACACCUGUGGAACUCGAAAGCCUUCUUGCGUUGCUGAUCCUCUGCGUAUAUGAAUAUACGCAGCGAGGAAAUCUGCUCAAAAUGAGGUAUCGGGCUGGCCAAGCCUUGGCAAUCGCGCUGGACAUGUCACUUCAGUCGCUCGGGGAGGAGCAUGAUGAGUGUGCAGAGGCUCGGCGGAGGGCCUGGUGGAUGACGGGAUGGGCUGUUUUGAUGCAAGCCCAGCAAGUUCUGGCCUCCGCAACUCAAUUCGUCAUCGACUUGAACAAAUGCAUGUCAACUGGCGCCAACAUGACCUACAUAUAUGAAAGAAUGCAGCAACUCGACGCCUGGGCUAGCUCCGCAAUAGCACAAUCAAAUCUCCUUCCAAUGGUCCCUCAAUCUAUGGGCUGCGGAGACGAAGUGGAGUAUACAACCGCCCAUAGCAUACGCGCUAUCGCGCGAAUCAAGCUUUCUAGUGCACAAAUUAAGGUACACCGAUUCAGGGCGUUCUCGGAUAUUCCACUCUUCAUCAAGAAGCAUUGCGACCUGACCGCAGCUAAUCCCAACAACAUGAUAACGGGCGAUUCGGCGUCCAAGGUGUCCAAGGAACAGGACGGUAUGGCGAACAUCUCGUGUUGCUCCAGCAAUCUGGACUCCUUCCGGCCGCCGCCAUCUACAUCGAGCGAUUGCACAGGUUCCGCCUCUUCCUCCGGCUCUGCCACAUCCGAUUAUCACUCCAUGGUACCAUUCUCAUUUACCAGCGGCUUCCCAUACAGUAGCCAGCACUCCGCCAAAGUCUGCUUGAAAGCGUCACUUACGAUCUCACGCAUGUUCCCGAGCCUGCCCCUACCACAGCCGCUCUACGCGUCGGGUGGCAGUAACACGCCCAACCAGGGACCGCCCUCAUCGCCGCAAAAGCAGCUACCGCGAACAAUGCCAUCGUUCGCAUGCUGUCUGAUGCAAGGAAGCUAUGCCUUGUUGAUGAUAUUCUACAAAGCGACAGUUGAGAAACAAAUGUCGCCAGAUUACGGGAAUGAAUCCACAAACAGUGCCUCGGAUCGACUGAUCGAGGAGAUCCGUCAAGGCUUGGAGCGUGUCAUUGAAACCGUUAAAAAUUAUGCAAUUGCUUUUGAGGCGUUGGAUGGCAUGAGAGGUAGGCAGCUGAUUCAACGAUGUUCCGAAGACAAAAUCUGA